AUGGAUUGCUAUACCUCCAACGCAAAAAGAUUUGCAGGGAUAAAAGAGUGGAUCUUCAGAAUGACUGGCUUCCUUUGCAGUCUAUUAUCUUCAGGUCUUGGAAUAAUCCUUGCAAGUAGUAAAUACUGGCGCCUCUGGGAAUUCGACAAUGAGGUUGUCCAGCUUGUUUACAUCGGACUCUGGGAAACUUAUUACCAUUGGGAAUUUAACUACUCUGGUACUAAGACCAUAAUUCUGGUACACAGACCUGUCAACUCGACCUGGACAAUUUCACCUGAAUUUCAAUGUGCACAAAAACUGAUAUUACUGGCAAUGCUGAUAAAACUUGUGAUUUUUUGCUCAGCAGCCAUCAAGGUCAGCAUAAUCAAAGCCUCAGUCCCUGAGAUUCAGAUAGUGUGCUACAAGUGCUCUAUCUUAAUUCUGAUCCUCAGCAGCCUUUGUACCAUUAUUUCUGUGACCUGGAACCAUGUAGCAGAUUUUUAUGGUGAAACCACCCUUGACUUUCCACCAAACUUUCCAGUUAAGAAAGAAGCCCUGAUUAAAAAACACAGUACUCCUGUGUUUCCAAUGGGGCUCCGGACAACUACCUUGUCACUCUUCAGUAUAAUUAUGUUCCUCUUUGAGAUAAGGUCACUGAAAGUUCAGAGUAAGGUGAAAGCCCAGCAUGCUUACAAACAGGCUGAUGACCGUUUCAUAGAUGGGGAUGCUUAUAUUUGCACAAUGUGCCAGGAGACUGCUUGA